AUGGCGGCCGCUCAAGAAAAGGCGACUUACACUCACGGUCACCACUCCAGCGUAGUAAACAGCCACGCUAGGCGGACCGCACAAGAUAGCGCCGCCUUCCUCCUGCCCCACCUCAAGCCUCACCACACCAUCCUGGACAUCGGCUGCGGCCCGGGCACAAUCACCGCCGACCUUGCCGAGCUCGUGCCAGAGGGGAAAGUCACGGGCGUCGAUGCCGUCGAGGCGGUCUUGGAGCGCGCGCGAGCCCACGUCGCAGGACGCAGUGGCAUCACGAACUGCACCUUUGAGGUCGCAGACGCCAACGCUCUGCCCUACGCGGACGCCUCCUUCGACGUCGUGUUCUGCCACCAGGUCCUGCAGCAUGUCCAGGACCCCGUGGGCAUCCUCGGGGAGAUGAAGCGGGUGGCUAAGCCGGGUGGUAUCGUCGCGGCCCGUGAGGCCGACUACAAGAGCUUUGCGUGGUUCCCGGAGCCCAAGGGGCUGGACGAGUGGCUGGAUGCGUAUCGGAAAACGGCUAGGCUUUGUGGUGGAGAGCCUGACGCUGGGCGUCACGUCCGACAUUGGGCCAAGCAGGCUGGAUACAAAACAGAUGAGGCGCAUCUGCAGAACGGGUUCAGCUCUUGGUACUACACAGGAGAGGCAGCAAAGGCGUUUGGCGGGAACUGGACGGACCGGGCCUUGAAGUCGGAUUUUGCAAAGGAGUUUCUGAGACAUGGCCUUGGCUCACAGCAAGAUCUUGAGAGAAUCAGCGCAACCUGGACACAGUGGGCAAGUGAGGAGGAUAACUUCAUCGUGAUACCUAACGGAGAGAUCCUUUACAAUGUGCCUGCUUAA